AUGUCAAAAAAUAAAAACCUUUACGAUAAUAGUGGGGAAAAAAAAAUCGAUAUCAAAGACGAAUGGAGAAAAGAUAUAGAUAAACAAUUUAAUAAGGAUAAGGAGCCAAAUAUUAACCCACAAAUAGAUCCAACUGAAGGUAUUCAUGCUUUGGAGGAACAUAGCCACCUAUUUAAUACAAUAUAUGGACAAAAAUAA